CUCAUAGCUUCGUUCUUCGCGACGAGUGUUUCGGACUUUCUGGCUUGUUGACGGGCCCUCACCUCUGUUUCUCACCCUACCUCGCCGCUGCGAAAUCCUUGACCCAUUAUCUCCGCUUACGGCGGCCGAAUCGAAUAUGUCUACAACUACCGGCGCGUUCAUUGCCGGAGGCAUUGCAGCAUGCGGCGCAGUCACCGUUACACACAGCUUCGAGACAGUGAAAAUUCGUCUACAAUUGCAAGGAGAACUACAGGCUAAGUCGGAAGCAGUCAAGAAAUACAAGGGUGUGCUGCAUGGUGUGAAGGUCAUCCUACAGAACGAGGGCCCUCGAGGUUUGUUCCGAGGAAUUGGGUCGGCAUACAUCUACCAGGUUCUCCUGAAUGGCUGCCGCCUGGGCUUCUAUGAGCCCAUCCGUAACGGGCUUACGACCGCCGUUUAUAAUGAUUCGCAUGUCCAGUCUCUCGGCAUCAAUGUUUUCGCUGGCGCUUCGUCAGGUAUAAUCGGCGCUGCUGCAGGCUCACCGUUUUUCCUCGUUAAGACUCGUCUCCAAUCAUUCUCGCCUUUCCUUCCCGUUGGCACGCAACAUCAGUACAGGAACUCAUUCGAUGGUCUGCGGAAAAUCUUCGCUUCGGAGGGAGUAGGUGGAUUAUACCGUGGAGUGGGGGCGGCCAUGGUGCGGACUGGUUUCGGUAGCUCCGUUCAGUUGCCUACAUACUUCUUCGCAAAGAGACGCUUGGUUAAGCAUCUCGGCAUGGAGGACGGUCCGGCACUUCACUUGGCCAGCAGUACGGCCUCCGGUUUCGUUGUCUGCUGCGUUAUGCAUCCUCCUGAUACAAUCAUGUCGAGAAUGUACAACCAGACUGGAAAUCUGUACAAGGGCGUAUUCGACUGCCUGGCGAAAACGAUCCGGACAGAAGGUCUUUUUGCUAUCUAUAAGGGCUACUUUGCUCACUUGGCCCGUAUUCUACCUCACACUAUCCUGACUCUCAGUUUGGCUGAGCAAACCAACAAGCUGAUGCGACGGGUAGAGGACAGGCUCCUCUCAGAUUCGCUUAAGUCCCGUCUCUAGAGUUGGAAGCUUUAGUACAGACCGUGCGAAUAGAAAUGUUGGCAUUCGCGAUUGGCGCUUUGGGAUAUACAUAAAUAGCGUUGAUGUUGAAUUCUCGUUUAUAGAGUAAACUUAAG